CUCUCACUUGAAGACUCGCCCCCCACCUCUCCCCUCUCUCCAAAAUGCGAUAAAUUGUUCUCGUUGGUCGCUGUUGGUUUUGUCUUCCUGAGGCUUGGCGUCUUGUAGAGACGAUCGCAUCCUUUCAACUGGCAGAGAACUUCUACGAAUAUCAGAAUGUCUUCCUACAGGAACGAUAACAUGACCACAGGGUACGAUUACGACGCAGGGUACGAUUACGACGCACGUCCUUGUGGGCCGGGGGAGUUUGUGACCAUGAAGACCAUCACGGCGGUGGUCUACAGCCUGGUGUGUCUCUUGGCCGUGACGGGGAAUGUACUGGUGUUGGUGGUCAUCCUUCACAACCGCCGCUCCAUCUCAUCCACGGACGUCUACCUGCUCCAUCUGGCCAUGGCCGACCUGCUCUUUGCCCUCACCCUGCCCUUCUGGGCAGUGGACGCCGUGUCUCCCUGGGUGUUUGGUGACGCCAUGUGUAAGGUGAUCAGUAUGUUGCAGGAGGUGAACUUUUACAGUGGCAUCCUCCUGCUGGCCUGCAUCAGCGUGGACCGCUACCUGGCCAUUGUCCGCUCUGCCCAGUCGCACGGCCACAAGAGGCCGUGGCUGGUCAAACUGGUGUGUGCCAUCGUCUGGCUCGUGGCCCUGCUCCUGUCCUUGCCCGUCCUCUACAAUGAAGUGUUCUACGACAAUUACCGGUCCGUCUGUAACGAGGAACACGAUGGUGAUUUUGACAAACCGUGGAAACUGGGCAUCAAAGUUUGUCGCCUGGUCAUCGGCUUCCUCUUGCCGCUGGCCGCCAUGGUCUUCUGCUACUCCGUCACCGUGUGGAAACUGUGCCAGACCAAGGGCUUCCAGAAGCAGAAAGCCAUGAAGGUCAUCAUCGCGGUGGUGCUGGCCUUCCUGGCAUGCUGGCUGCCCUACCAUCUAACCAUGGUUGUGGACAUGCUGGUGAGAGUCAAACACAUCGACGUCUCCUGCAUCCAACGUGAACACUUGGACAGGGCCGUGCUGGCCACCCAGUGCUUGGCCUUUCUUCACAGCUGCAUCAACCCAAUCCUCUACGCCUUCAUCGGGGUGAAGUUCAGGAGGAACCUGGUCAAACUCCUGGCUCAUAAAGGCCUCAUAAAGAGAAGCGAAGAAUCCCAAUUCAAGCAAUCACGCUCAUCCUCAGUCUCUGGGCAGACAUCUACCACCAUUUAGACAGCUCCCCACCCCACUGCCCU